CUGAUAUCAAGCUGCACUUCUCCAACGAGAGAUAUACCAAACAAAAGACUACCGCGAACCCCAGGACCCAUCGCCCAAGAUGGCACCACGCGGCCACACUCUCCCAGAAGCCGCAACCGAGUCCGCGCGCGAAGCCCGCAAAGCCUUCUUCUGCGAGCUCUGCCAAAAAGGCUAUGCGCGGAUGCCCGAGUUCGAAGCGCACGAAAACUCCUACGAUCACCAACAUCGGAAACGUCUCAAGGAAAUGCGAAAUCUCACCAAAGAUCCUUCUGCGGCUGCUCGUCAACGCGCCGCCGAGGAAAAGGCGAAUGCGGAAUCCGGAUUGAAAUCUGUUGCGCUGGGUACGAUUACUAACAAUAGUACCAAGGGCGCAGCGGAAGGUGGUGGGAAGAAGAAACCAGUCUUCAAAUCGACGUUGCAGAGUCAGAAUCAGACGAUUGUUCCGGGGGUUGGGAAGAAAGGGGAGGAGCAUGCUUCUUCUUCUGCUUUCCCUUUGUUGGAUGGUUUGGCGGACGCUACGAGUGAUGAUCCGAAGAAGAAGGAAUUUGACCCGUGGGACUUCCCCAAUGGCACGCCUGUGCCGUCGCGCGAAGAGAUCGAUAGAUUUCUGAAGGAGACUAGUGAGUUUCUGAAGAACGAUUCCACUCAUCAGAGAAGGAAAGCAAGGGAGAUUGAAAAGGUCUUGAAGGACCAUGAGGCAGUUUUUGGGCACGACGCAUCGCUAAGUCAGGCGUGAAGUGGUAUUCAUUCAUUUAAUGGAAAGGAAGACGGAGAAGUCAAGGCGUUGUGCGUGAAAUGUGGCAAAACGCAGACGUCCCCAAGGAUUGUUCUGGAGCCAAUAACUCUGACUACCUGUUACUGGAUAUUGGCGCCGCGCCAAGUGGUAAUCACGAAAUGCUCUGAACAUGCCUUGCCAGGUAGUCUCCCAAAGGGCACACAGGCAGAUCUGGGAGUGCUGCACCACUCUUUGCUAUCACGGGUCGUUACUCGAUGGCAGCAAGACGCAUGGGCUGGCCAUCAAAGGGACACAGGUCCCUCGACCCAUCGACAACAUGAUCUAACGAGAGUUCGGAUGGAAAAGGGCAGUCAUGGAGGUCGAGGUGACGUGGGAGGC